CAGUGUCUGAGCGUCUAAUUCAUUCAUUCUAUCGAAUUAAACAAAGUUUUGUCAUCUGUUUUUCAAGUUAAUUUGACUCCGAUGGACGUGCAGGAACUGAAUAUACUCGGAAUUAUUGGAUUUGAUGGGAGAACGAAAAAUGCAUUACAUAUGCAUCCGGAUGGCAAACAUCUUAUUUAUUCAAUGGGGAGCAAAGUUACUGUAAGAAAUGUUGAUAGUGGACAUCAGGAGUUUCUCGCUGGGCACACGAACGUCGUCACUACACUGAGUAUUUCACGUUGCGGCUCGUUCAUCGCUUCGGGACAACUUACACAUCUGGGGUUCAAAGCCGCUGUUAUCAUAUGGGACUUUGAUGGGAAAAAGAGGAGGGGAAGUUACGAGAUUCAUAAAGCUAAAGUUGAAGACGUUUGUUUCACCUGCGAAGGCACUUAUCUCAUUAGCUUAGGAGGAAAAGACGACGGGAAUAUCGUAGUCUGGGACGUCUGCAAUAAUUCAGCAGUAUGCGGUGCCUACGCGAGUACCGAAAUAACCGGGACCGCAAUAACCCUCGCCACUUUAAACCAUCGAAAUCAAUGUUUCGUAACGGGCGGAGAAGAGAACCUGAAAGUUUGGAGAAUAAACCCAGAGACUCGUAAAGUUUACGGGGUUCCAAUCAAAGUUGGUAAACUGCGGAGAUCCAUUAACUGUAUUACAAUAGACGAUAAAGAUGAGGAAGCAUACUGUGGGACUUCCACUGGGGACAUAAUUAGAGCUCGCCUCAACUACGAUACUGAUUUAUCGAGAAUGGAACCAGUACAGCCUCCGGUGAUGAUCGGAUGCUACUCAAAAAUCUCGACGAACCCGAAGAAAUUAAAAAUGGGAACCGGGGAUUUAUACUCUGGAGGAGUUACGAAUGUUGUCAUUCUUCCUGGUAGAAAGAUAAUCGUAGCCACUGGUGAUGGAACAGUGGAGCUCGCUGGGGUCCUGGAACACCCGUCGAGCCCAUCGUGCAAAGAGGCUGUUAAACUGCCCACAACUCCGCAAUUACGACCAAUGAUGAAAGCACGUGUCGGAGGCUCAGUGACAUCCAUCGUGAGGCACGGCAAAAACUCGUUUGUCGUUGGAACGUCCUUCUGCGAAAUUUAUCAAAUUUGUUUAACAGACUUCUCACCGAGGAUUACCCUAACUUGUCACAUUGACGCAGUUUACGAUAUUGCAUUCCCUCACAAUUAUUCUGAGAUAUUUGCAACCGGAAGUAAGAACGACAUUCGAUUAUGGCAUUUAGAUACGCGAAAGGAAUUACUCAGAAUCACAGUACCUAACUUUGUAUGCACGUGUCUCUGUUUCUCGUACGACGGAAAAUUGAUUAUGUCUGCGUGGAACGACGGAAUUGUUCGAGCCUUCAGGCCCCAGAGCGGAAAAUUAUUCUUCGCUAUUGAGAAUGCUCACGUGAAGGCAGUGUCUGCUCUCUGUCUGACGAAAGAUGGGAAGACACUGGUGACGGGGGGAUGCGAUGGGCAGGUGAGAUUCUGGAGGAUUUUGAAAAAUGUUCAACAGCUCAGAGCAUUGCUGAAGGAGCACAGGGGACCCAUUACCGCUCUUCAUGCCUCCCAGAGCGAUGAGGAGGUCGUUAGUUCGAGUACUGAUGGAACUUGCAUCAUUUGGGAUGUCAUGAACUGCUGCCGAAAGCAAGUAAUGAUGGGGAAUACAAUGCACAUGUCAGCGAGAUUCCACCCGAGCGGUCUCCAAAUAUUGACCUGCGGUAGCGACAGGAAGAUCAGCUACUGGGAGACCCUGGACGGCUCCCUGAUUCGGGAAACUGAGGGUUCGACAGUGGGAGCCCUGAACUGCCUAGACAUAAGCCCAGAUGGUCGUUAUUUCGUCACCGGGGGAAGUGACUGUCUGUUGAAAUUCUGGGACUACCACACGGCGGAGGUGACGUACGUGGGCACAGGUCACGCAGCCAUCAUCACAGCCUGCAAAUUCGACUCAAAGGGCACUCACAUCGUCAGUGCAAGUGCAGACGGUGCUGUCAUCAUCUGGAGGAGUCCAAUAGCCCUUUCCCUGGAUUCUGCGAAGAGUUCGAAGCACUCUAGAGCCUCGAGGUGCUCCAGGGAGUCUAGAGAAGUCAGAGAGGAGAACAUUGACAAGAUCAGUCAACGAUCUGGGGAUGAAAGCGUCAGGACAGUCCACGAGAGUAAACAUUCGGAGGUCUGCGAAUACGAUCCGAUAAGGCCGGCCCAGGACAGCUGCAGGUGUCGAGAGGAGAAGCAAGCUCCAGUCAAUCAGGAGCAUUCUCCACUGAAGAGGAAUGAGUCCCUGGGAGAGGCCAAUGGCCAGAGACGUCUGGAGAAGAGUGAAUUGUGCCUCGCAAUAACUGGCGCACAGUGAUGAAGACCUGGAUGAUGGAUGAUUUUUUUAUUAAAGCUGUCUUUAAUUUCAACCCCAUGCUUGGCUCUUGCAGUAGUGGAUUAUUAGCUUCCCAUCUGUUCCGUAGCACUCGUAGAGGUUUUUCACUGUUUGGUCGGGGGCUGGAGCGAAUGUCUGGUUUAUGUAGAGAAACUGGAAUUUAAUUGAUUUUAGGGGUUGAGUAAAUUUGGAAAGGAUGGAGAUUUGGCAAUUCUGGAUUUGAUUUUUGAUUUGGGCAAGGGAAGUCUUUUCGAUGAUCAAUAACUUAAUAUUAUUACAGUGAGAGAAACAUUCAUUUUAGAAGUACGUUUAUGCUUAUAUCAAGAAACUGAUGGUUUAAAAAUCUUCAAGAGCGAAAUAUCUUGCACUAAAAAAAAAUCAUCACUUCUUUAAAAAGAAAUCAUCAUUUCU